GAACGUGUAGCUCGAAUGGUCCAAAGUGGCGGUUGCUCAGCUAGCGACUUCCGUGAGGUCUUCAAGAAGAACAUAGAGAGACGCGUCCGCAGCCUGCCGGAGAUCGACGGCCUCAGCAAAGAGACAGUUCUCAGCUCCUGGAUCACCAAAUAUGACGCCAUCUUCAGAGGAGACGAGGACCAGCGCCGACCCUCGGGGCGAAUGCCCUUCAGCGCUGUGUCAGAGCUCAUCCUCAGUAAAGAGCAGCUCUACGACAUGUUCCAGCAGAUCCUCGGCAUCAAGAAGUUUGAGCACCAACUUCUUUACAAUGCCUGUCAGCUGGAUAACGUGGACGAGCAGGCAGCCCAGAUCCGAAGGGAGCUGGACGGGAGACUGCAGCUCGCCGAGAGAAUAGCCAAAGAGAGGAAGUACCCUAAGUUUGUGUCUAAGGACAUGGAGGUGAUGUACGUGGAGGAGCUUAGGGCUUCUGUCAACCUCCUCAUGGCCAACCUGGAGAGCCUGCCAGUUGCCAAAGACUUCAAACCCAAAAUCAAGCCCAAACUCACCCCCAUGAACAGUUUUCUCGACAUAGGAGAUGAAAAUGACAUGCCUCUCUCAAAAUCUGAUGUAGUGCUUUCCUUCACACUGGAGAUUGUAAUCAUGGAGGUCCAGGGUCUGAAGUCAGUGGCACCCAACAGGAUUGUUUACUGCACAAUGGAGGUUGAGGGAGGAGAGAAGCUUCAGACAGACCAGGCAGAGGCCUCCAGACCCCAGUGGGGCACUCAGGGGGAUUUCACUACCACACACCCCCUACCUGUUGUCAAAGUCAAACUUUUCACAGAAAGCACAGGAGUACUGGCCCUGGAGGACAAAGAAUUGGGCAGAGUGGUCCUGAAUCCCACCACUAAUGGGCCCAAAGGACCAGAGCUUCAUAAAAUGGUGGUCCCCAAAAACAGUCAGGAUGUGGAUCUGAAGAUAAGGCUGGCUGUACGCAUGGACAAACCGCCAAACAUGAAGCACAGUGGGUACCUGUACGCAUUGGGACAGAGAGUGUGGAAGCGGUGGAAGAAGCGAUAUUUUGUGCUUGUUCAGGUCAGCCAGUACACGUUCGCUAUGUGUAGUUACCGGGAGAAAAAGUCAGAGCCGCAUGAGCUGAUGCAGCUGGAUGGCUACACGGUUGAUUAUUCUGACCCGCAGCCAGGUCUUCAAGGCGGUCGGGCUUUCUUUAGUGCCGUGAAAGAAGGAGACCUGGUACAGUUUGCCAGUAAUGAUGAUCAGGACCGGGUCCUUUGGGUUCAGGCCAUGUAUCGAGCCACUGGCCAGUCCUACAAACCAGUGCCACCAACCCAAAACGCCAAACAGAACUGCCGGGGAGGGAACCAACAGAAAGACGCUCCAGGAUCUUUGCUUAGUAAGUUUAGAUUUCUAAACAGACAUCAGAGAAGAUGUUUGGAGAGACAGGGAGUUGAAGAACUCAUCUCCGCUGUUCCUUCACGCUUCGACCAUGCUAGUCUGUUCCGCAUACUACAGAAACACACACUCAAGCAUCGCAUGAGUGACUCCUUCUCUUGCCUGGGUUGGUUCAGUCCAGGCCAAGUGUUUGUGUUGGAUGAGUACUGUGCUCGUUACGGCGUGAGGGGUUGUCAUCGUCACCUCUGCUACUUGAAGGACUUGAUGGAGUUCUCAGAGAACAACGCCCUAGUGGACCCCACCCUUCUGCACUACAGCUACGCUUUCUGCGCCUCCCAUGUCCAUGGAAACAGGCCGGAUGGGAUGGGUACAGUAACGGUGGAGGAGAAGGAGGAGUUUGAGGAAGUUAAGAUGAGACUUUUGGCUCUCCUGGAAAAUCACAUCACUCACUUCAGGUACUGUUUCCCUUUUGGCCGACCAGAGGGAGCCCUCAAAGCCACUCUUUCUCUCCUGGAGCGGGUCCUGAUGAAGGACAUCACCACUCCUGUGCCGGCUGAGGAGAUGAAGAAGCUGGUGCAGAAGUGUCUGGAGAAAGCCGCUCUCAUUAACUACACUCAGUUGACUGAGUAUGCACAGAUCCAAGGUCAGUCUGACAAUCAGGCACCUCCUGAGAAAAGACUGGAAGAUAUGCUAAGGUUGGGGGAGCUUUGUAUUGAAGUGCUUCAGCAGAAUGAGGAGCACCAUUCAGAGGCCUUCUCCUGGUGGCCAGAAGCGAUGGGCGAGCAUGCGGAGACUUUUCUCUCUCUCUAUACCGUGGACAUGGACGCUGCCCUGCAGAUCCAACCUCAGGACUCCUGGGACAGCUUCCCACUUUUCCAACUCCUCAACAACUAUUUACGCACCGACCCUCACCUGUGCAAUGGGACGUUCCAUAAGCACCUGCAGGACCUCUAUAUCCCACUGGUGAUUCGAUAUAUCGACCUGAUGGAGUCUUCCAUCGCCCAGUCGAUCCACCGUGGUUUUGAACAGGAAACCUGGCAGUCUGUCAAGACUAUAACCAACAAUCUUCCAAGUGUACCGCUGCCUAAGGUGCCCAACCUGCCACUCAAUCUCCCUCAGAUGCCAAGUUUCUCUGCCCCCUCCUGGAUGGGACCGCUGUGUGACAACACUAACGGUUCGGCCACAUCAGAGGACCUGUUCUGGAAGUUGGAUGCCCUACAGAUGUUCGUGAUGGACCUCCACUGGCCCGAGCCAGAAUUUGCCAAACAUCUCGAGCAGAGGCUGAAACUCAUGGCCAGUGACAUGAUGGAGGCUUGUGUCAAAAGGACCAAAGCUGCCUUUGACACCAAGAUGCAGAAGGCUAGCAAGUCGACCGACUUCCGUGUGUCGCUGUCUGUAUGCACAAUGUUUAAUGUGCUCAUGGACGCCAAGAGACAGUGCUCCAAACUCUGUGUGCUCGACCAAGGCCAGGAGCAGCAGUACCACUCUAAAAUCGAUGUCCUGAUCGAUGACACCUUUAAAGAAAUGAUCUCCACCCUGGUUUCAAAGUUUGCUGCUGUUUUGGAUGGAGUCCUGUCCAAACUCUCACGUUAUGACGAAGGAACACUCUUUUCUUCCAUCCUGUCUUUCACCGUUAAAGCAGCUGCCAAGUAUGUGGACGUCCCUAAGCCUGGUAUGGACCUUGCUGACACCUACAUCACAUUUGUGAGACAGAAUCAGGACAUUCUAAGAGACCGCAUCAAUGAUGAAAUAUACAUAGAGAAAGUGUUUGAUCAAUGGUACACCACGUCCAUGAAGGCAGUGUGUGUUUGGCUGACAGACAGACUGGACCUACAGCUUCACAUAUACCAACUUAAAACCCUAAUCAAGAUUGUGAAGAAAUCAUACCGUGACUUCAGGCUCCAGGGCGUACUGGAUGGCACCUUGAACAACAAGAGCUAUGAGACCGUAUACAACCGGCUGACAGUAGAGGAGGCCACAGCAGCUGUCUCUGCCGGAGACGGUCUCCAGGGCAUCAGCAUGAGAGACAGUGAUGAGGAAGAGGGUUAGAAUCCCCACCUGCAGCACUAACAUAACUCAGCAAGACACUGAAGGAACACUCCAGAGGUCUUACCUUGCUGGGGAUGUAAAGAAAGAAAUAAAAACACAUUGCUGGGAUCUAAAACCAUCCACUGCUCUUCUCCACCCCUCUAUUCC